GCAGCGAUUUCAACCUCCACGAUGCUUGUGAAUCCAUGUCUUUGUACUCCCGUCCUUACCUUAGCCUGUGGGAACAAACUGGAGCUGGAACACGGAGCACUUCAAUUUCUUUGUUGUCUAGCACGCACUACCCCGCCCCCAGAACCAACUCACAAUGGCCCUAGUGCCACUCCAACCGACUUGAACGCCCUAGAAAGCAUCUGCAAAGCCCUUAACAGCAAAGGUGUGCAAUCCGUGAUAUGGAACCCAAUCCCGUUUGCAAAGACCAUCGCAAAGCCUAAACUUCCGGGAUCACAUAUCGACGCAGAAUCAGUCAAGAGACAAAAGGAAGCAUGGAGAGUUGACGAGGCGAAUCGUUGGACCCAACUCUUGCAGCAAGGAAAAUGGAUAAUACGUAGUCCUCCGGCCAAAGACGAAGAUUUGUCGGACGCGCACGGGUUACUCGGUCCCUGGAAACACGGCGACGCGACGCCAUCAAAGGACGAGGCUAAAGCGAUUGGGAAAAAGAUCUGGUCUUGCCCGUUCUUGCUGCAGAAGUUUGACGUCGUGGUGCAUGAUCCUAAGCGCUUCGAGCCCGAGGUUCAGAUGAUUUACGAGGUCCUUGCUAUGUUGGGUGGGCUCACGGACGGCACUACGUUGAGAAUUGUAAUUGGAGAGCGGUGCUGGCCUUGGGUGGCAUUUGCGCCGCCCAUGGAUGGGCUGUCCGCAGCAUAUACUAGCAAUGUUCUCUCGCCAUUGUCCUCGCCGCUUUUUUCACCCCGUGUGCGAGGAGUUGACUCGGGGUGGAGUGAAGAGAAGGUUGCAAAUCUUCUUAAGAUGUGGCUGGUUUUGGAGAAGGAGAUAAUGAGCGCGGGUGCUGUGGACAUGCUACGGACACAUUGGCCCUUGUCUCAUCUUUUGACACACAGUGCUGUGGAGGCCCUUCGUGACGCGAGGAAGACACUGAUGAAGAACGUCGCGGAUAGGACGAGACCGGAUGGUGGCAAGCGUAGGGCGCGGGAGGAGAGAAAGGGGGAUAAGCUACGGAGGCGGUCUGAAUGGGACAAGGCGUACAACGAAUGGCAACAAGACUUACAGUGGCAAGACGAGGAUGAUCAAGAGCUCGAGGAGAUGCUAGUCCUGCAAAGAAGAGGAUGGUGGGAUAAACUAGAGAAACUCGGCGCGGGCAACAUAGUAAACCAAAUCCACAAGCAAGAAGUAAAGGGCCAAAAAGUCGCAAUCUCUUUCCAACUGGGAGACCAAGUACCACAAUCCCUGGAUAACGAAAGCGAAACCGCAUCCACAAUCCUUACGCCUCAAUCCGUUGAUCAAUUCACACUCGGAGAGCCCAGCCAGCAUGCUUCUGGGGGGGAUAAGGAGGAGGAGCAGCAGCAUGCCUAUAACGACGUCGAGCCUUUCCCACACGUAACUGCCAUAAGCUUCCCCAUCCCCGUCCGCACGCUAUCCUCGCCUCAACUCCUCACCUAUCUCUUCUUCCUCCAACACAUCAUUCUCUUCGCCACCGAAAACCCGUCAGAAUACGUAGCCCCGUCAGUCUCGUUCCUCGGCGACAGAGUAACCAUCCCACACCAACCUCUCGCAACCGGUCUCCAUCGAGCAGCGCUUUUUGUCGGGCUGAAAGAAGCAAUGGCCACUGAGCUGGUGAACUUGGUAGAGAACAGCGAAAGAAGAGGGGGCGUUGAUAAAGUGGCGAGAGAGGAGCGUAGGUACGAGAGAGGUAGACGGGGUGGUUUCGAGGGGAUCUCGGCGCUGGUGGAUAGGAGGCGGGAUAUGGGGAGGGCGGGGAUGAGGAGUUGGGUGAGGUGGUAUGAAGAUGCUGGCGGGUUUCAUGUGCCUCGCAGGAGGUCACUUCUUCGACUUUUGGAAGCGAGUGAGAGGUAG